GAGAAAAGGAGAAAGAAAUGAAUGACAGCUAGGAGGAAAGGAGGAAAGAAGGAAGGAGGCGAAAAAGAAAGAUAAAAAACACAAAGCAGAUGUCAUACACUGAUGUUUUAAGACACUGAACAUUAUUACUUUAAAAUUCAUAGUUUUCAAUAUCCAUACAUGGACAAUAAAGGCUCCGUUUACCGGUCAAUUCCCCCGGGCCUCCCUUCCCCCGAGAAAACACGAAUGGUCAAUUGGGGAAAAGUUACCUCCCGCCCCUUUGUCUGCCGUGCUGGAACCAAGGCCUCCGGCCAUACCGGUACGUACGGUACCGGUACCGAAUCAGCGCUAGCUAGUAUUAGUAGCCGAUCGAUCCGGGCUACUGGAGGAUAUCGAACCGGUACUAGAAUUCGAGAAAAUGGCUGACAUUUGCACCUUGGAACACGCGACAUUGAAGGUUCCUUAUGAGAACCUGAACAAGAAUUUCAGGAACUGUCAGAAGGUCAUUGAUAGAGAAGUAGCACAUGUUAUGCAGGUUACUAAUGACUUGGAGAAAUGUCUAGAUGGGAAGGAACCUACUGUGGGGUCUGUAGUAACCCUUCUUGAUUCAGUUGUGGACAAGCUGACCGUACUAAAGAGAAAGGCUGCAGAGGCAAUAGCACUGGAGGAAGAGAGCGCUCAGGCUUGUAAGAAACGACUUGCCCACCUAAAGGAACAUGAUACCACAACGGGUAGCACCCUCUCACAAUGGAAGAAGAAGAGGAUAGAUAGAAUGUUGGUUGAAUACUUCCUCAGGGCGGGGUACUAUGAGACUGCUGUAAAGCUAGCAAGACAUUCUCAAAUUGAGGAUCUGACAAAUAUAGACCUGUUUCUAGUUUCUAAAGAAGUUGAAGAAUCUCUGAUCAGACGGGAAACAGCGCCUUGUUUACAAUGGUGUCAUAACAACAAAACCAAGCUAAGAAGAAUAAAGAGCACAUUAGAAGUCAACCUACGUACGCAAGAGUUCAUAGAAUUGAUCCGAUGUGAUUUCCGUGUGGAGGCAGUCAGGCAUGCUAGAAAAUACUUUGGUUCUCUUGAUGGUGAACAGAUUAAGAAGAUAAUGGUUCUUCUGGCGUUUCCUUCUAAUCCAAACAUAUCAGAAUAUAAAGAAUUGUUUGAUGACCUACGAUGGCAAAAACUAGUUGGUCAGUUCCGUGAGGAGAACUAUAAGCUCUUCCAGUUCAACACAACACCAGUACUAACGUUGACACUAGAGGCUGGUCUGGCAGCAAUGAAAACACCACAAUGCUACACAGACCAUGCUAAGAAUGCUGAUUGUCCUGUAUGUAGCAAGAACUUGAAUGAAUUAGCCAAGAGCUUACCGUUUGCUCACUGUGCACAAUCAAGACUAGUCUGUUCAAUAUCAGGUCAAGUAAUGAAUGAACAUAACCCACCUAUGAUGCUACCAAAUGGCUAUGUAUAUGGUGAAAAGUCACUCCUGACCUUUGCUGCUGAAAACAACGGUCGAAUUAUAUGUCCCAAGACAAAGAAAGUCUAUUCCAUGGAUGAACUGGAGAAAGUAUUUAUCAUGUAAACACAUCUCCUGGCUGACUGAGUUAGAUAGAUAGGUCGCUAUUUUGUGUCCCCGUUUAUUAUUGCCAAGGCUGCAUUUUAUAUUUUAAAAAGUCUUGAUACAGAGAUAAGUAUUUUUAUUGCAAUGUUAUAAAAGAUUUGUGGUCAUGUGACAGAAGUUAUGGGGCCGAGAGUAUCCACAGAGUUUGUUCAUUGUGCUAAAUUAAACCUCGUUAUGCUAUGGUGAGACAAGCUCAGCAACGUUUUUCAUAGUGUUCAGAUACGAUGAGACACAUCACUUUACUUUUGGGCAUUACAUUCUUCAUGUCCUGAAGCUGCGCUUGACAAACUCAUGACAUGACAAUCCUUUUUGUCAUGAUGCCACAAGCCUUGUUUAAUAUAUGAUAUUAUAACAAGAUAAGUACAAUGCCAUGAGUAUUUUUCAUGCCUUCAAUUUGUAAGGAAAAGCUGCAUAACUUUAAGAUUAUUUUGAGAUAAACAGUAUUAGGGUUGCUCUGCGAUAAAAGAUAUGUCUUAUAACCAAUUGACUUAGUUCACAUAAUACUGCUGAUUUUUUUUGCUGAGCUUUGUCACACCGUGGCAUCAUUUCAUAAAGACUUGUUAUAAUAACAAAUGCAUAAAUUUACCAUCAGCCAAUCAGACUAGAUGAUUUCAGUAGCUUUAAACUGUUAUUGCAAUUAACAAGGUAUAUGAAACUGGCCCUAAUGUGUGAAUGAGGCUUAUUAAAGUUAUGCUACUAUGUAUUUUGUAUGAAAAAUACUUCACUGUGGUUGGGACUAAAGAACAGAGAAGCCAGUCUCCAGGCCUUUUUCCUGAUUUUAGGCCCUGAUAAUACCAUUUCAGGCCCAGUGAGUACGGUAAUACAAACUUGCAUUUCUGUUAGGAAGUGUAAGUUAUGUACUUGUAUGUGUCAGAACUCGAGUGCACAUGUUGUAUGCUCACAUCCAAUGAAUGGUGAUGGAGACAUUGUGAACUCUUUGUUGACUUACAGGUAAACCUUGGUCUACAUGUUAGUCUGUGCUGAAAUUAUAGAAAGCCAAUGAUUGAAGUGUUUUUUUAUGCCUGGGUUCUCUUCCCAUUCUUAUAAGGUGAAGAAAACUCAUUCACAGACAGGUUGAAUGGUUUGGAUACCCAAUUUGCUGCUAAAUUUACUAGUAACAUGAACUAUUUGAGAUUUGCAUAACAUUUGGCUUGCUAUACUCAAAACAGAUUUAGACCACAGUUUAAGGUGAACUUGGGAGCACUUCAUGAAACACAUACUAGUAGUGUAAUUUCACAGACCAUUUGUCAUAAGUUACUGAAAUCCUUGCAUCUGAUUAGCACAUUUGUCAGUGUUGACCAUUGAUAAGAUCCUUUAUUAAACACUUUCCACAAAUCCAGAAUAAGGAUUACGACUUAAUUCUUUGGGUUCACUGAUCAGCUGCUCAUCACACAUGUUAUUAAUUUGAUGAUUUCAGAACCACUACAAAGGCCCGUAUUCUGAAGUCAGGUUUAACUUAAACUCGGGGUUUAAAGUUGUGGUUUAAGUAUGGGAAGCCAAAACUAUCAAUUUUUUUUAUUAAGUUGAACGUUUCUUAUGUUUACUGUGCUCUUUCCCGAUUCAUCGAUGGUGAAGACAAUAAUCUAUUUAUACUUACUAGACAAUUAUGAAUGAUUUGAGAGCCAAAUGAGCUGAAAUAUGAUAUCUCUACCAUUAGUGAUUUAUCCAACAAUUGGCUAUCCAUACUUAAACCACAACUUUAAACCUGCUAUCAGAAUACGGGCCAAAGAUUUUAACUUGUAAGACUGAGCCCACAUAUAUAUGUAUGUGUGUGUUCUGUGUUCAAAGGAAGAUGUGUGUUAUAGCAUAAUCAGUCACAAACAGAUUAAUGCAAGUAAAACAUGUUGAGAUAAUCUUGAGCCUCGUUCUUAAAGACUUGUAGUAAUAAGAAAUACACAAUCUUUAUUGCAAGUUUAUUAUCAGUCAAUCAAAUCAAGUGACUUCAGUAGCUUUAAACUGUUGUUACAAAUUUGUUAUUGUAACAAGUUGUAUAUAAGGGGCCUCUGAUUGGGUACUUAAUCUAAGAGGUCAAAUAUUCUGGCUUAGACAAGUCAAACUUGUCAAUAAAGACUACACCAUGGAGACAAGAAAUGCAGCUAUUAUAAGCCAUUAGUCUUUAUGGACAGGCUCAGGCUAAAGUAGGACACCUUGCAUUAAGGUGUGCAAAUUAAUCGAAUUUAUAGCCUGCAAAUUAAUCGAAUUUAUAGCCACUUUUUAUCCUUUUCAUUUACUAAUCCUUGAGCAAAAAUCCAAAUAGACAAAUGGAUCAAAUUCACAGCUUUCUAGCUGUUUUACAAAAGGACUAAAAACAGCUGCAAUUUGGCUAUUAAAAGAGAAAGAAAAAAAAAUGCUGUAAAAUGGCAAGCUGCUCUAUGUAAAGUUUUACUGUAUCUCACUUACAGAAAUGGAAUGUUACUAUAAAUAUCAUUUGAAAGCUUAAGAUGGAUGCAGUCUAUCCUAGAAAAGAAGCAUCAAAAUAAUAAAAAAGAUAUGUGUAUAAGA